CCUUGUUUCUUCCUUUUUGGUGCUUCAGGUCAUCCCUAUAUCCUACUUUCAUUUUGAAGAAAUGAUUUUUCCACUUGUAUAAUGUCGCUCUUAUCGUGAAGGCUAGCUCAUCGUCUGGACCGGAAGCAGCAGAGCGUCUUUCGAGCGAACUCCAGCGCUGCGGGCGACCGGAAAGUGUGGCGUGACACCCUACUUCGUGUAUAGAGGCGCUGGAUUUUCCGCCGCGCGCAAGUUGCGCGCCAGUGCACGCCUGUAAUUAACCGUCUGGGGCUGCUUCCUGGAAAGGUUUUUAACUGUUGUCCACCACAAAAGCCGAGAUGUUAUAGUAUGCUUGUUAACCUGUAUCCUGCUCUUCAAUAAUCAUACCUGCACAACCCAAAUCUAUAAUUAACUACUUUCAUUACACAGGACUUAUUCCUUAUGGAGAAGGUAUUGGAGAUCAGUGCCUUGAUGGUACCAAAGAGAGAUCAUGUAACCAGUUACUAAUAGAGUCCGAUGUAACUGAAAAACUGCCGUUGAAUGUAAAUUACACUUUCUACGGUCGUAAUUACUCCAGUGUGUAUAUAUGUGAGAAUGGACUGAUAUCAUUUGAGGAUUGCAAAGGGUUUUGUAAGAACCAAACGGAUUUAAGAGCGUCUUCAGUUCCUGUGAUUGCUGGAAUCUGGCAAGAUAUAAUUCUUUUUGAUUUUCAUUCCAGUGGUGGCAAUUUUAAAGUCCCUUAUGCUUAUUACAAAGAAAGAACGAAUAAUAAUGAAAAUUCAGGAUGCUUUGUGGAAAGCAAAGAAAAAAUUGAGCAACAUCUUCAACGUGGAUUUGGAGAAAGACUGUCAUAUUUUAAUCUAACACACAUGUUAAUUUCAACCUGGCAUGCUAUUGACAAUACCAAUGGCACUGUCCAGAUUGUCAUAGCAACUGAGGAUGGGGAGCGAGAUACGUACGCCCUGUUAAUAUACAAUGAAUGGAAUGUGACUGAGGAGCAGAGAAUGCAAAUUGGAUUCAGUGCAGGUUGUGAUGAGAAAUAUUUUCCAUUGUCGUCUAUUGCUGGUACCAGCAACAUUGGUGUACCUGGAGUUUAUGCAUUUCGAAUUGACCAGAGAGACAUAAUUGACCCAAGCAAAGCAGUUGGUUGUGGAGAUCUCCCUGACCCACAGAAUGGCAAAGUAAAAUACACCUCUACUAUUCUCAAUUCCUUGGCAAACUAUACCUGCACUGCUGACUGUGAUUUUAUGCUCACUCGAGAGUGUCUGACUAAUGGCAGUUGGUCGGGGAGAGAACCUGAAUGCCCAGAUGUCGCCUGCCGUGGUCUUGAAAGCUGUCAUCCAGAAAAUGGUUGGUUGAGCCUUAUAAGUGAGUCUCAAGGUCUGGUGGCAAAGUACGGCUGUGAACUUGGUUACAUUCCCAACAACACAAGAGACACCAGGCACUGUGAGUGUGGGAGCUGGUCUGGAGAUGAAAUACGCUGUGAAGAAAUGUGUCCUGAAGUGGGUCAAGAUAAGGAAUGUGGUAAACAUUCACAGAUCCUAGCAUGUGAUAGCCGAAAAGACGGAAUCAGUAACACAUCUAAAUUCCAUCUCAACGGAUCAUAUGAAUUUUUCCAAGAGCCUUUGAGAAGUAUACAGGUGUACGAUAAUGGCUCAGUGCAUUUCAAUGACGGCUCUCUCACAAUAGUGGUACUUAAUGUCACCAAAAAUGAUGGAGCUCAUUUCUUUUACGAUUGGGAAAUGAGUAACCCUCAUUAUUUCAACAAUCAGAAGCGGUACGUAAAGUGUCUUCUAAACAUGGCAAUGGAAGAUUUCAACCUCAAACACAUGUUUAUCGUAACUUGGAAAGACUAUUGGUUCCAUGAUAAAUCAAAGAUCACAUUUCAGCUUGCUAUAGUGUCAGACUCAUCUACAACACAUGCCCUGUUUCUCUAUGGUGAUAUAAACUUAGAGGAUACACCAGUUCUAACAGGACUCCGAGCAGAGGAUGCUCCCUGCCAUGGUCAAACCUUCUACCACUUCCCUGUGAACCCACUGCACGAGACUUCAUCAGACAUUGGGAUCAGUGGAGCAUACAUUCUUAGAAUUGAUGAAAUACCUGGAGGGAUCCACUGCAACUGUAGCAUUGAUGAGUUUGUGAACCCUGCUAAUGGGGAGGCUGAUAUAAUCAACACUUUGAGAGCAAGUUGGGCAGUAUAUGACUGCAGAAGGGGGUUCUCAAUGACUGGAGACAACCCCCGACAGUGUAUCAAUGGUAUAUGGAUAGGAACAGCCCCUGAAUGCAAAAGAAAAUUAAGGAUUCGUCUUGUGGAUCCAGAGAGUGGGCAAGAGACAUUAAAAUCAGGUCUGGUAGAGGUGUUGAGAGACCCAGAGUGGAGGUCAGUGUGUGAUGAUUACUGGACAUAUGAGGAUGCCAAUGUAGUCUGCCGACAACUUGGUUUCUUGGGAUUUGGUGCUGAAACAAUUCGCAGAUUACCCUUCCGUAAGAAUGAGCCCAGACGAUACUGGCUGGAUGAUGUUAAGUGCAAUGGAGAUGAGUCGUCUCUGUUUGAUUGUCCACACAGAGGUUGGGGGGUCCAUAACUGUGGUCGAAGAGAAAGAGCAGGAGUAAAGUGCCUCAAUGAGAGUGACAUUGACAUACAUAUAGUCAAUGGUGAUAUGUCUGGUGCUGUUGAACUGUGGAUGGGUAAUGAGUGGAGGUCACUGUGUUGUAACCACUGGACUAGCCAGGAUGCCAGAGUAGCUUGCAGGCAACUUGGACACUCUGCUGAUGGUGCCAUGACUAUGGAGGUUAAAGCUGAGAAUGAUGCUAAAUACUGGAUGGAUCAUGUUAACUGUGAUGGAGACGAAGAGUAUCUGUUUGCCUGUACUCACCUAGGGUUCACGGAUGAGGAUAAUGAAUGCAAGAAAGGAGUCAGGGCUGGGGUGACUUGCCUUGCAGAACCUUAGAGUGGUGCACUGUAUGAAAACUGAUCUCCAAUUUAUCAGUACUAUAAUAAUUAUACGUGCACAAACAACACACAUACUAAGUUGACAUGGUCAACAUUUAUAGUUACACAACUGUUGUCUUUUCUCUGUAACCCAAAAUUUUUUUCCAGAUUCAUAUUUUUUGCUGUUACCAUAAAUCACGUGCCCAUGUAUUAGCUCUU